UUGGUGCUGGGCCGGGGGCGCACGGGGGGCUCCCCUAGAAGGGGCGGGGUGAACGCCCGGAGGCGCCAUCCCGCCGUGUGCCCGGGGUGCCCUUCCGUCAGUCAGUGGUCGUGCUGGAGUCUGCUUCCCGUAUAGUCGGGUAUAUCGUGAUCGUGGGGGGUUUUGGUUGGAUUUUGGUUUUGUUUGGGUUUUUUUCUUCCACUUCAGUAGUGCUCUUCUCCCACUCUCUGGCAGUAAAAUAGUUUCUGCUCUAUGUGCUCAAAAAGGACUACUGAUUUCGCUUGUAUGAAUUCCCGCAUCACCAUUCCUUCAGGUAGCGCCUACAGCUGACUCCCAUCCCUUCCACAACUCGUAGCCGGCAGGUUGGGUUAGUGUGGUUGGGUGGUCUACUCAGGGCCUUGCCUUUGGCUUCUCGAUGGGGUCUCACUCCACCGUUCAUUUCUUGUCAACCUUCUUCAAGAGUGCUUGAAGUCAGGUGUUUGACUCUCAGUGGGUUAGCAUCCAGCGCUUUGAGGGAUCUUGGGCUGGUGAUGGAACACUCACGGUUCCUCUGUGCACACGGGAGUGGACAGACUCAGCCAAUGCACCUGAAAACUGAAGAAGUGUGGCUUUAUGCGGCUGUGCCCGAGAUAAUACACCCUGCUUCUCGGCAUGUGUGCUGGGAGUGACGGCAUGCUAAUGUGCUGAUCCAGCUCUCAGGUGGGAGGUAAUGUGAGUUCACUAAGGCAGGGUGAACUUGGACCUGUCCACUCCAGUCUUCACAGACUGUCCCUUAGUUUGGGGAAGCAUCUUCUUUGAGUGUGAAGACUUUGUUAGACAAGGCAGGGAAUACUCUAUAUAUUUCUGGAUAUGGUAUUGGGGCCCGAUGUUUUUAUUUACCUGUGGAAAGCCAACCAUGAUUUUAUACCUGUGCAAACAUAUUAAGCAGUUGCUUGUUGCUGCUAAUGGAGAAUAUCCUAUGUGAAAUUAGAGGGAUCGGUUCAGGUUACUGUGGUGAUGGGUUACCAGCAAGGAGUUUUUCAAUUUGGAUUAAUUUAUAGUUUUCUGUCAAACAGGCUUCUCUGUGUGAGUAUUUGACUGCUCUUUUGAAAGGUUCAUUAUGAAUGCAUUUUACAAUUUUUAGUAAUAUUUUUAGGUAGUAAACCCAUGGAGCUUCUUCAAAUAUUGCUAUUUUAUUAGCGAUGGGACAUAGAAAUGUUAACAUGGUAAUAGGACCCGAAAUAUUUUCAGGUAAAAGCUCUUAAUUUUAAAAAGUGCAGGGAACCAUUAUCAAAGCUGUUAUUCAGUUUUCAACAUGUAUUUAGUUUAUCAAGGAGUGUUAAUAAUGAGUUUGUAUCUAAACAUCUGUAGGACUUUGAAGUAAUUUCACUUGUUAUUUGAAAUGGCAUAUUGUUUAUCUCUUCACAGGUAGGAUUUUCUGGAGUGAUGUUGUGCAUAGCUUGUGUGUGGUGUGGUGUGCAUGCACAGACAUUGACAUGCUUAUGAGUGAUGUCCUGGACUUCCUAAAGAGAUUUUUUAUCUCCUUAAAUGUUUUCUUGUUUUUGAACUUUGCUUUUGUUCUGUUAUAUCUCAGUUUCAAGUUUUCCUGUAGAAUCCUUCAGGAUUCAUUUUUUUGGGGGGCUGGAUUAGGUUUCUCUAAUAGAAAACCAGGCAUUUCAGAUAUCUCUUGAUUAUGACUUAAGUAGUAUCACACUGAUUUUGAAGAAAAAUGUUAAGCAUGCUUGACACUAAAAUUUAAGAAUGUUGGUAAUAAAAAUUACAGAAUUUCAGUGAAUGCUGUCAAUCAUAUCGUAUCUCAUGGAUUUCAGUUCAUUGGUCAGUGCUCAAUAGGUGCACUCACUUCUCUCAAGUCUGUCACAUUUUAGAUGAUUCAUGUAAAUAACACUGUGAUAUAUUCUCCUUCAAAUGCUAGUGUAAUUAAUGUCAUUAACAGAUUGUCUCUCACCCUGUGAAAGUUAUUUCCAUUAAAGAAUAACAUAGAUGCAUCCGUGAAUGAGUUAUCCUAGUGUUAUGGUAUUUCUAAUUUAUUUUAAUGGUUAUAAUGGAUCUUAUUUAUGCAUGAAAAAGUGAUAAUCUACAGUUAAAAUUUUAGGUAUAGAAUUUAUUUUAGGAAGAUAAAGUUAACUUUGCUUAGUUUCAGAAACUUCAUUCUGUUUCAGAAGUAUCAGAAAGUUCAGUGCCCCUAAGAGCCAGCAGUGCAAUGUCAUGUACCUGAAAUAGAGAAGUGUAUAAUAUUCUACUUAUAAAUUUAUUUUUUUUUUAAUCCUGGUAGUAAUUAUUUGAAAUGUCGAGAGUGCUUAAGGCUCAGUCCACACUGGUGCUCACAGCUGUCUAAUCCCACAUUAGUGUUUGAUAAGGAGAUGGCAAUUCAGAGACACAGACGUCUGAUGGAAGGUCACUGCACUGGCCAUCAGCGUGGGGUUGAUAGCAGGGCUGUGAUCAUCAGUGGUAAAACAGCACAAGGUGAAAAUGUUUCAGAAGGGGAAUCUUUAUGGGAUGUUCCAUUUAAAUUGUUCUUGGUUGUCCAAUAAUGUGCAGUCUGAGAAAUUUGGAAAUUAAACGCAUAAUUUUUUCCACUUGCAGUACUUGUUUAUGAGCAAGGAACCUUCUCAGAAACAAAAAAACUGUCAUUAUCCAUUUGAGAUUUUCAAUAUUGUUUUAAUAGUCUCUUUAUUUUUCCAACUCACUUGGUCCUCAAAGAAUGAAAAUGGGACUGACUGCAUUUGCAAGCACAGUCUCUGAAAUGCAUAGUUUGACAAAGUGAAGUUCCUCAGUUUGCCUCAGAUUAAUGUGUCUGGGCUCUAAUCCUGCAGCCUUUGAUAACAUCUGUAUUCACUGAGCAAUGGAAUUGCAUUUCUUGUUACACAAGGGAGGCCCUCUUGAUAAUAUGUGCAUACAGAAAAUAAUAUGCUGUGCACUCACAGCAUGCUGGGUUUGCUUCUUUAGAGUAAUCUAUCCUGAAAUAUCUCUUCUAUUAAUAAAGGAUCAGUUGUUAAUUGCAAACUGGUAGGUACGGGCCAGACUAUGAGGUUAGAAUUGACAGAUUGCUACCCAAAAUAGUGCAGGUUUUUGUUUCUCAUUUUAAGUUGUUUUGGUUUCUUUAAAUAGGGGGUUUUACAAAUCUUAGAAGAUUUAGGGUUGAAUGGUAUUCCUCCUAGUUUCCAUCUGCAAAAAAUGCAGGGGAGAAGGUGGUUGGAAUUAAUUUAUCUGUUCAGUUAGGAUGAUGGUGCCUCUUCAUCCUCUCCAUGUUUGUAACUAUCCUUUUAAGCCUAGUCGUCAUCAUAACUUCCUAUACAAGUUAAUUCCAAAAAGGUACUGAAUGCUGGGUAAAAAUUAACAUUUGAAAUGAAAGUUUUGCCUCUGUUUCUUUGAAAACAAAAGUACAUUGGAAUUGAGGCAAAAUUAAUGUGAUUUUUCUGUAUGCUCCUAUGAUGUCAGUGUGUACUUGUGUAUUAGACUCAUCUGUCCUUCAUGUGUUGAACCUUCUCCCAAUGCCAUUGCCAGUGUCAUUUAUCUAACUCUUUUAAUUUCAGAUAUGGCUCUUUUAACUGUAAAUAUUGAAUCCAAAUUAGGCAUUUGUUAUAUGAUUGUCUUAUUAAAAAUGCUUUUGCAUGUGUCAGUUGAUUUUUAUAUCUUCUAUUAAAAGAAUGUGACUACCUGAAGCUGUAGACAUUUAGUAGUUUUUUCCUGAGAUUCUGUGAGAAUCCUGAAAUGGAAGGGUGCUCAGCUAGGUGAGAUGUGGUAUUGUUUUGCUUUCUAACUUUAAUGGUUUAUCCUGUCAGACUUUUUAACUAUUGCUGCACAUUGAGCUGUCCACAAUGACUCCUAAUUAUUUUUCUCAGAAGACUGGACUAAUUUGGUCUCAUCAAAUAUUUAGACAAAAUCAUUUCUCCUUGUGUGCAUUGCAUUAUAUUUAUUUGCAUUUCAUCUGCUGUUGUAUUACUCAAUUCUCUAACUCAAUUAGAUCUUUCUGGAAAUCUCUGUUCUCCACAGUUCUUACUAACCCAAACAAUUUCAUGCUACUGGAAAUUCUAAUGUUUGACUGUCUGCUUCCACUAAUUGAUGUUAACCAUUGUUUUUAAUGUUUGGUAUACACCGAAUGGUUAUGGUUAACUUCUGCCCUCCCUGAACAUCUUGGUUAAUGUCUUGAUUAUCUGAACCUUUUUUAUGAGAUAAAAUGCUUCAGAUAAUCAGAGGCUUGGAGAAGGAGUCAGUAGAGCAGAGGUCUACUGAGAAAUGUCAAAUACAUAGUGUAAGCCUUCUUUCUUCCAUUGUUUUUAAAGGAGCUAAAGUGCUUCCCAAGAACUUCAGCACAGCAUUCUGCUUGUAGGAAAUGCACAGGUGUCAGACUCCUAGGGAAAUCUUGUCAUGGAAAUAACUGUAGGGUUCAGAUAAUGAAGUGUCCACGUUUUUACAUGAUAAUAUUUUGUUUCUCUGAAAUAUAACCUUACCGUAUGGAAACUGUGGGACCAUACUGCUGAUCAGAUGGUGAAAAUGUGUAUUAAUCCUCUCUGGUGGAUGCUAGUUUAAAUGUGUAUUACUCUGGCUUUAUGGAUGAAGUUUGUCAUUUGUAACCUGUUUGUGUAUGAGGUAGUUUAAGUGUGUGUGUUCUAAAUGUGGUGAUGUGUGCAGUGCCUAGAAGCAGAAGGGUAGGAGAUUAAUGUCUGGCUCAUCAUGAUCUGCUGAUGAAUGCGAGUGAUGGCACAUUGCAGUACAACAAAGAGGUGUGCUUUUGAGCUGUAUAUAAAUUGAUGAGUACCUGGCAGAUGUUCCUAAAUUGAUUUUAUUUUUGUUUUCAUCAAGUAGAAUGUAAAGAAUAGAGAUUAGUUUUUGAGGCCCAUUUUGCCCUUUUUGUAUGAUCUGUCUGUAGUGCUAAAAAUAUAUGUUCCUUUUCUUUUCUUUAAAUAUGGUUGGUUUUUUUUCUUCUAUAACUCCUUUCUCAGGUAAGAUAAAUUGUGGCUUCUUGUUUAUCAAAGUUAUGCUGUAUUUCCUUUAAAAUCUGUUUUUCUUAACGAGAAGGAGCUACUUUUUGAGCAGAUUAAGAAGUGCAUCAUCAUUAUGGAGUUGUGUUUUUGGUUUUUUUCCUAAACUCAUGUAAUUCCAAAUAGUUGUAGAAAACAAACACAGGCUGUGGAUGAUAGCAAGAUGACUUUCAGUAGGUUGUCAUACACAACAAGGGGGAAAAAAAUAAAGCUCUCAUUUUUAAAAAUUUGUUUCAAAACUGGGAGGUGUUUUUAGUGGUUGAAACUGGUUUCUUAGAGGUUGGUGAAUUAACAUUAAAGGUUUUAUUCACUUUAAGUCACUUGAGUUCGUCCACCAAAAAUACACGAUGAAAGAAAGCAUCUGUCCUAUGUGGUGUUUGCUGCUUAAAUGAAUAACAUGUCAUAUGAUCUUUCCCAAGGGGAAGCUGAAGAAUCCAAAGCAGGUCAUGAAAUGAAAUGAAAAAUUACCAUUACUGGUGUUCAGCUGACUAGUUCAAGUCAGAAGCAUUCCGUGUUAUUAGAUACAUUUCACUCAUUUAUGACUUCUUUUUCUUUCUUCAUCACCUCUGCAGCAACUCUUGCAACGUAUUUCAUACUAUUUUAUUCAUGUGAGUUCAGUGUCAAAGCCCCAAACUGAAGGAUUUUACAGUUUUGCUUUUUUUUUUGGUUGAAGUAGUACAAAAUGUCAAAAAUUAGAAGGAAGGUCACAGUGGAAAAUACCAAGACCAUAUCUGAUAGCACAUCCCGAAGACCCAGUGUGUUUGAAAGGCUUGGACCCAGCACUGGAAGUACUGCAGAGACACAGUGCCGUAACUGGCUGAAGACUGGCAACUGCCUCUAUGGGAACACAUGUAGAUUCGUACAUGGCCCUUCACCACGAGGUAAAGGCUAUAGCAGCAGUUAUAGAAGGUCACCAGAAAGACCCACUGGAGAUCUUCGGGAAAGAAUGAAGAACAAACGUCAAGAUGUUGAGGCAGAGCCACAGAAACGAAGUACAGAGGAAUCAUCCUCUCCUGUUAGGAAAGAGUCCUCACGAGGAAGACAUAGAGAAAAGGAGGAUAUCAAAAUUACAAAGGAGCGAACACCAGAAAGUGAAGAGGAAAAUGGGGAUUGGGAAACAAAUAGAGAAGACUCUGAUAAUGGAGAUGUUAAUUAUGAUUAUGAUCAUGAGCUGUCUUUGGAAAUGAAGCGCCAAAAGAUUCAGAGAGAACUCAUGAAAUUGGAACAGGAAAACAUGGAGAAACGAGAGGAAAUAGUAAUUAAAAAAGAGAUUUCUCCAGAGGUGGUUAGAUCUAAAUUGUCACCAUCACCAUCACCACGAAAGUCCAGCAAAUCUCCAAAACGAAGAUCCAGUCCCAAAUCAUCAUCUUCAGCAAGUAAGAAAGACAAGAAAGCAUCUACUGUCUCUUCACCACUUUUGGAGCAGCAGAGGAGUUCUAAAAGUACUCAGAGUAAAAAGAAAGGUCCUCGUACCCCUAGCCCUCCUCCUCCAGUACAAGAGGAAACUCCCCUGGGGAAAAAACACAAGGAAAAACAUAAAGCAAAAGAACGUUCAGAAGAAAAGGCAAGGGACGUAAAAGAGAGAGGGCGUGACUUUGAAAGGCACAAGGAGAAAAAAGAGAAGCAGAGGGAUCCGUCUGAAAGCUCCCGUAGACAGAAACGUUCUCCUAGUCCUGCAGAUCACUCUGGCAGUAAUUCUUCCCCUUCCAGGGAGUACUCUCCACCUGCUGCAAGGCGAAAGCAAACCUCCCGAGCUCCAGCCAAGUCAGCCACUCACAAACAUAACUUCUCACCCUCGCGCAGGUCUGCUUCUCCAUCAGGUCAGCAUCAUUCUCCCAUAUCCUCCAGACAUCACUCCUCGUCCUCACAGUCAGGCUCCUCUGUUCAAAGACAUUCUCCUUCCCCACACCGCAAAAGGACUCCUUCUCCAUCCUAUCAAAGGACAGCCUCCCCGCCUGCAAGGCGGUCAUCUUCCCCCUAUCCCCCACACUCUUCCUCUCCACCUCAGAGGAAGCGAAGCCCUUCGAGACACCGCUCUCCUGCCAGAGACAAGGGAAGGCACGAUCGCGAUCGGACUUCACAGUCUCAUGACAGGCGCCACGAAAGACGGGAUGAAACAAGAGGGAAAAGAGAAAAAGAAAGAGAAACAAGAGAUGAUCGUGACUAUGACCAAGAGCAGAGUACCUCCAGGGACCAUAGGGAUGACAGAGAGUCUCGUGAUGGAAGAGAUCGGAGGGACACGAGAGACACCAGAGAUCGGCGGGAGCCACGGGAAUCCAGAGACACUCGAGACUCCAGAGACACGCGGGAUUAUAGCAGGGACACCAAGGACAGUCGUGACCAGAGAGACUCACGCUCCACACGAGACUCCCAUGACUACAGGGACAGAGAGAGUCGAGAUGCUCAUAAAAAGGAUGACCAGUAUCAGGAUGACUUGCGUAGCUAUGGAAGAUCCCAUGGCAGAGAGGAGAGCUCUCGUGCUGAAACAAGGAAUGACUCCAGAAGUGACUCCAGAAAUGAGAGCAGAAGUGAUAGAAUUGGCAGAAGUCGAGGCCGAGGACCAGAGUUAUCUGACAAAGGAAGUCGGGGUACUAGAGGAUCCCAGGCUGAUGGUCACAGCAGUAGUGGGAACUACCACGACAGCUGGGAAUCGAGGAGUAGCUACACUGAUCGGGAUCGCUAUGACAGUCGGGAUCAAGCAAGGGACUCCUCCUUUGAGCGAAGACACGGUGAACGGGAUAGGCGAGACAACAGAGAAAGAGAUCAGAGAGCAAGCUCACCAGUACGACACCAAGGACGGAGUGAUGAUCUCGAGCGGGAUGAGAGGAGAGAGGAGCGAAGGGUGGAUCGGUCUGACGACAGGAGAGAUGAAAGGGCUCGGGAGAGAGAGCGGGAAAGGGAGAGGGACCGAGAGAGAGAAAGAGAAAGAGACCGGGAAAGAGAGAGGGAGAAAGAAAGAGAGCUGGAACGAGAUCGUGCUCGGGAGCGGGAGAGGGACAGAGAGCGGGACAAAGACAGGGACCGUGAGCGGGACCGAGACAGAGACCACGACAGGGAAAGGGAACGAGAGAGGGAGAGGGAGAAGGAGCGGGAGCGAGAGCGGGAGGAACGAGAAAGGGAGCGAGAACGAGAGAGAGAUCGAGAGCGGGAGCGCGAAAGGGAGAGAGGUAGAGACAGAGACAAAGAAAGAGACCGCCAGAGAGACUGGGAUGACAAAGAAAAAGGAAGGGAAGACCGCAGGGAUAAGAGAGAAGAUAUUCGAGACGAAAGAGGCUCAAGAGAUGUCCACGAAGAAAGAAAAUCCAAGAAGCGCCAUAGAAAUGAAAGCAGUCCAAGUCCCCGUCAAUCACCCAAACGUCGCCGUGAUCAUUCUCCUGAUAGUGAUGCCUACAACAGUGGAGAUGAUAAAAAUGAAAAGCACAGACUCCUGAGCCAGGUUGUGCGGCCACAGGAAUCCCGGUCGCUGAGCCCCUCUCAUGUCACGGAGGAGCGGCAGAGUCGCUGGAAAGAAGAAGAGCGAAAAUCGGACCGAAAGGAAAGUUCCCGACGCUAUGAAGAACCAGAGUUUAAAGAGAGGGUUUCUUCAGCAGAUAAGCAAAGAGAGCAGCCAGAUGCUUCAGAAGGUUCCCGGUCCAGGGUUCAGGAAAAUCUUGGACACCGCCCUUCUGAAGAAAGAGAUGCUUCUGAUAGAAUGCAUGAUGACAGCAAGAAGAAAUCUAAGAUACAGAAAAAGGCCACAAAGAAGAAGAAAGAUGAUGACAGUGGGGUGGAAAGGUACACUAAUGAACCAGCAACUGAGGAAAGCCAAGUCUUUUCCCCUAAGAAAGGUCAGAAAAGGAAAAAUGUGGAGAAAAAGCGGAAGAGAUCCAAGGGUGAUUCUGAAGUUUCUGAUGAAGAGAUUGUUCCACAUCAUAAAAAGAAAAAAGGCCCAAGAACCCCUCCUGUAACUAAAGAAGAAUUGGUUGAAGCACCACCUGAGAAAGCAGUGGCAGAAGCCCCCACAAAAAGAGAAGAUACAACAUUUAGUGACUGGUCAGAUGAAGAUGUUCCUGAACGUGGUGACAUUGUUGUUCCAGAAAGAACCACUGAGGAUUCUCAUAGAAAAAGUCACAGGACGAGGGUAGAAAAGGUGGAAGCCCCUCAUGUUACUAUAGAGGAUGGACCACACCGUAAGCCUGUAGACCAGAAGCGCAGCAGCAGCCUCGGCAGCAAUCGGAGCCAUGCCUCCAGCAGGCUCAGAUCCCCCUCCAAUGAGUCAGCGCAUCGCAGUGGAGAUGAUCAGACUGCACGGAAGAGGAUCCUGCACAGUAGCUCUAGGGACCGGGAUAGGGACAGGGACAGGGAGAAGAAAAGCUUAGAAAUCACUGAAAGGAAGUCCCGAAUUGAUCAGCUGAAACGAGGGGAACCCAGUCGCAGCACAUCUUCAGAUCGUCAAGAUUCAAGAAGCCACAGCUCAAGAAGAAGUUCCCCUGAGUCAGAUCGUCAGGUUCAUUCCAGAUCCGGGUCCUUUGAUAGCAGGGAAAGGCUUCAGGAGCGAGAUCGACAUGACCACGAUCGAGAACGAGAGAGAGACAGGAGAGAGGGGAGACAGAGGGACUGGGACCGAGAUGUGGACAAGGACUGGCCAAGGAGCCGGGAGCGAGAAAGGCUCAGGGAGCGAGAGAGGGAUAGGGAGAAAAGACGGGAGCUGGAGAGAGAGAGGGACCGACAGCUGCCUGAUCCUGCUGAAAGAGAGAGAGAGAGAACUCUUGACAUCUCCUCUCAAAAGGAAUCAACAAAGCACAGUGAAACAAAACUGGACAGAGAUCACGAAAAGGAGUUUGAUGGUGCUUGCCGGGACUCAGCAGCUUCAGAGAAGGAGAAAACAGACAAAGAUUUAGGACCUUCACAAGGCUUUGAAGAUGGAAAUGAGGCUGAAAAGGUAGAGAGUCUAGAAGGAGGAGAGGAUGAAGCAAAGACUAAUGAUGUGCAGUCACUCGGGUCUGGUGCUGGAGAAUAUGAGCCUAUCAGUGAUGAUGAACUGGAUGAAAUUCUGGCAGGUGAUGCUGAAAAGCGUGAGGAUCAACAGGAGGAUGAGAAGAUGCCUGAUCCAGUGGAUGUUAUAGAUGUAGACUGGUCCAGUCUUAUGCCAAAGCAGCCAAAAGAGCCACGUGAGCCUGGAGCUGCGCUCUUAAAAUUCACACCAGGUGCUGUUAUGUUGAGAGUUGGCAUUUCCAAGCGAUUGGCAGGACCUGAGCUCUUCACCAAAAUAAAAGAGACGUGCCAGAGAGUGUUAGAAAAACCUAAAGAUGCAGAAAACCUUUUUGAGCACGAACUGGGAGCACUGAACAUGGCUGCACUUCGGCGGAAAGAAGAGAGAGCAGGUCUUCUCAGCAAUCUGGGUCCUUGCUGCAAAGCACUCUGCUUCCGCAGGGAUUCUGCAAUUCGGAAGCAGCUCAUGAAGAAUGAAAAGGGUGCAACAAAACAAACUUACACAAAUUCUGCAGCAAUGGACAGCGACUUGUUACGGUUGAGUCUACGGUUAUUCAAACGAAAGACUGUGUGCCAGGUUCCCGGGCAGGAAAAGACAGAGGACAGCAAAAUUGCACAGCCAGCUCUCCAGCAGGAAGUGUGUGUGACUUGAGGAAAUGGCUGCAGUGGCACUUUCUUGAUUUUGAGUUGAUUUCUUGCUACCAGUGUUGGUGUUGCUGUUUAGAACUGGUGGUUGUAAAGCAGCUCUAGAAGAUGAGAGAAAAUAUUCCAUUUGUACACAGUUAAGUGUAUUGGUUUUAGAUGUGAAUAGGAGUGAAAAAUUGAGACUUCUGUGUGGAGGUCUCUGCAAUUUUUGUAAUAUUGAACCUUACACUGUAACAUAAAGCUGUUUUAUGGUGCAUCAAGUGUAAUAAUGGGAAGAUGUCUCGGUUUAGCAGUUUAUAACAUCAAAUGAUAUUAAACUGAGGAAAACUG